AUGACAAACGCCAUAGAUAACACCUUCCGGCUCUCGUUGACAUAUCCGAACCCAUCCCUCUGCCUGACCAACAAUGCAAUAGUUGAAACAAGGAAAAGCGACGAGCAGCCUUUGACGAAUAAGGAAGAACCCGUCCUUACAAGGCACGCCACGAGCCGGCUUAGCCACCUGGAUACAUCCAUCGCUUCCACCUCAUUAGUUACCAUCUCGCGAGAACUACAGGAUUUUGGAAAUGCACCUUGGGUCGUGCUGGCGUACCUCCUGACAUAUAUGGGAUUUGCCGUCGUCAUUUCAAAAUUGAGCGACAUAUACGGACGAAGAAACGUGCUCGUGCUGUCAAUAGUUUGUCGUGGGUUUCAAGGCAUUGGAGCAUCCGGGCUUUACAGCCUGGCUCAGAUUGGCCUGGUCGAAGUUGGCCCUUCGCAUCGACCGAGUUUGAUUGGGGCAAUGGUAGGAGCUACCUUGACUAUUGCAUUUGUACUGGGACCGAUUAUUGGCGGUGUGGUGGUGCAGUUUUCGGACUGGAGGUGGCUCUUCAACAUGAACAUCCCCUUUGGACUAGUUGCAAUGCUGGCCAUCACGAAUUUCUGGCCACCGGAAAAUGCUGCCAAUAUGCUUUCAUGGGAAGCAUUUACAACGAUUGAUUUUAUUGGCGGCGUCACACUGCUAUUCAGUUCCGGCCUUUUGGUGUUUGCCGUUCAGCAGGCUGGAUCACAGACUUAUGCCUGGAGCAGCCCGGAGAUCAUCACGACCCUGACGAUCUCGGCAACAUGUUGGAUUUUGUUUGUUCUCUGGCAAAUUCUUUUGGAAAGCAACGCGUAUUAUGGAAUCGAGCCAAUCUUUCCAAUCAGGCUCAUGCAGCGGCGAGUGUAUUCUGCUGCACUCCUUGUCACUCUUUUGACAGGAUUUCCUUAUAUUUCCUUGGCAGUUAACCUCCCCCAAAGCUAUCAAAUUGUCGACCGCCAGUCAGUUUUGAUGGCGAGUGUUCAUAUCUUGCCUCUACUCGGGGCAUGUGCCACUGGCUCUUUCUUGGGCGGGGCUAUCUCAAGCAAGAAGAACAAUACUGCAUAUACUCUUGUUGCGGCCGCUUGUCUUCAGCUUCUUGGAGUAACUCUCAUGUCCAUCAUUACGCCAGAGGUCAAAGCAACACAGUAUAUAUUCCAAGUUACUUUCGGUCUAGGAGUUGGGCUGUGUUUCUCGGCAGCGACCAUCAUGACAAACUUGAUAGCUCCCGAACAAAAGACUAGAGCGGCUGCUCAAGGAGCGGUGUCACAAGCUAGGGUACUUGGGGGCGCCAUUGGAUUGUCGGUUUGUACCGUGGUAUUCAACGGCCACGUGAAUGAGUCGUUGAGGUCGCAGCUUUCGCCGGAGCAGCUCGCGCAAAUCCACCGAUCACCGGUAGCAAGCCUGCAGUUUCCGGCUGCUAUGCAAGAAAUUGUGAGGUCUGUAUACUCUGGUGCCUUUACAGAAGAGACGAGGGUCAUGAUCGUCGUGUGUGCAGUCAUGGUGAUAGCCGCGCUUUUCACUCUUGAAAGACAUCCCCCAUCGCUGGAAAUCUUGACAUCUUUGCCCCAAGACAAGCUAUCGUCCAAUAGAAACAGCGAUUCGACCACAGAGCUUGACGAGCUCACAAGGAUUCGACAGAAUGUCUAG